UUCAUUCAUGCUAGAAUCAACUAAAUUAGAAAAACUAUGGAAUUUUAAGUAACAGUAGUGUUACAAUAAAUUAAUCUCCAUGGCGAAUAAUAAAAUGAAGAAUGGAGUCGGGUUGUUGUACGCUGCUCUUAUCAUUUUGUUGGCGUGGAUAAAUAGCAGCGACGCACAAGCAAACUAUUGCAAUGUUAAUGGAGUUACCCACCAAGUUGGAGAAACAUGGACUACUGCUACUGGAAAUGACAGAUUAAAAAAGUGUACUUGUACGAGGAGAGGACAAUGGAACUGCUUUUACGCGAGGGAAGAUGCUUUGAUGGUAGUUGCAGACGUUACAAACAUAGCUAAAGUAAAGCUCAGCAACGCUGCCGGAUUUACUACUUCUUUUAUUCGAGAUUUACCUGGUCGCACUGUUGCUGUUGAUGUUGAUAUUGAAAGUGACACAAUUUACUGGACUGAUGUCAGUUAUAAGGGACGUGGGAUCUAUAAAGCAACAUUUUCCAAUGGUCAUAAUCCUAGAAGAAUUAUAACGGAAGAUGUUUACGAACCCAAUGGAAUAGCAGUUGAUUGGUUGGCUAAGAAUGUUUAUUGGACCGACGCACAAAUGAGAUCUAUCUAUGUUGCUAAAGAAAAUGGGCAACAUAAAACUUUGGUCGUCGGAGGUUUAUCAGAACCAAGAGGAAUUGUAGUAUUGCCGUUACACGGCAUCAUGUUCUGGUCAGAUCAAGAAGACGGUACGAUAGAAACUGCCGCUAUGGAUGGCAGUAAUAGGAAAGUAGUCAUAGGUGGACUGGGAUGGCCAAACGAAAUUGCGGUGGAUGUGACAAGGACUAAAAUAUAUUGGAUAGAUGGAAAGAAACGAACGAUAGAAUCGUGUAACUUUGACGGAACUUCUUGGAAGAAAAUUCUUGACUUUGCUAUUACAUUUGACAGUCCUGGAUACGGUCUUUCACUCUUUGGAGGAAGAUUGUAUUUCUCAAUAUGGAGAGAAAAAGCUGUCUAUUCUGUCACGGUGCUUGGGCAAGAUCUGAAGCAAGUUGUUUCAGGUUUAUACGAAAACCUUGCAGGCAUCGCCAUUAUUAAUAGAGAUAUGCAGCAAGCGCCUAUUUCAAACAGUAUGGGACUUUGUCGAAGACAUAGAUCUCCAUGCAGUCAUAUUUGUCUCCCAAAAUCACGAGGAUCAUAUAGUUGUGCAUGCCCGGAAAAAACUGGAAUGGUAUUAUCUCAAGACCAACACACUUGUAAAGUGCCCGAAGAGUUUAUUCUAUUCACUUCUGUACACGAUGGAUCCAUUAUGAUUGCUUCAAAAGAAUUCGGUACAAAACCGAAUCCGGUUUUAUUGACUCAUGCUACACAACCAUCCGGAAUAGACUACGAUCCCAUAGACAAGAUGAUGUAUUGGAGCGAUGUUGCAACAAACGCCAUUUAUCGAAUGAGAUUAAAUGGGACUGGAUAUGAUGUGUUCCUUGAAGACGGAAUCGGAAUCGUAGACGGUAUAGUCGUUGACUGGGUGAAUCGACAUCUUUAUUUUACAAAUUAUGGCUGGGAAGCACAAGAUAAACAAUUCGGACGAAUUGAAUUUAUUCGGCUUGAUGGUACUGGCCGUAAGGUAUUAGUCCAACAAGGCUUAGACAGGCCGAGGGAUAUUGUUAUUGAUCAAGAAAGAGGAUUUUUGUAUUACUCUGACUGGGGAGUGGACGCAAAGGUUGUUCGCCUUGAUUUAGACGGUCGGAAUCCCCAUCUCGUCCCUGUUGUCGUGGAAAAUCCUAACGGUCUCGCACUCGAUGACGCGAUUCUUUUUGUUACCGAUUCUCACCGCAAGAGUGCGCUAGUGGAAGUGAAUGGAACUAUCAUUUAUGGAAGACCACCUUCGUUAAUCAAAUAUGAUACUGCUUUGGAUAAAUUAGAAGAGAAUAUGGACUUGGAAUUUGAGGUUCCCUUUGGACUGUCUAUGGAUCAAAAAACUUUGUUCGUUACUGAUUGGGGAACAGGAGCAGUAUCCGAAAUUGAUGUUAAUACUGGAAUCAUGAAACCAAUAGCAAAAGGAAUUGGUAAACCAACAGGGAUCGUAAGGGCGAGCUUAAAUCCUAAGAAAAAAUAUAAGAAUGACUGCAUGAAAGGUAAAAAGUGUAGUCACGUGUGCGUUCCGGUUGAUCAAGAUUAUUCAUCGUGUUUGUGCCCAGAUAAUAUUGGAAAAGCGAUGUCAGAAAAUGAUUUCGACUGUGUCGCUCCUGAUCGUUUCGUCUUAAUUGCCGAUGUGAAUAAAAUUCUCAUGAUAAGCGACAGUCCAGAUGAUCCAUCAACUUAUAUGGUUGUUCGUACAUUCGAUGAUUACAGCAACAUAGUCGCAAUUGCUUUCGAUCCUAUCACACAUUAUGUGUAUUGGGCAGACAAUGGACGACAAAGGAUCUGUCGUAAAAUGUUGGGAUCCCCAUUAGCUGGCGACGGUGGUACGACAAAGGACAUAGAAGUGAUAUAUACAGAAAUAGAAAUGGUUGAAGGAAUGGCUUUAGAUCCGGACAAUCGACUCCUGUAUUGGACAGAUGGGGGACUGGGUACAAUAGAAAUGAUGGAUCUCAGUGGUAUGACACAUGCUACAGUACACGAACAAUUGAAUAAUCCGAGGGCGAUUACUUUGGACUCUAGCAUGGGGGUAAUAUACUGGACAGAAUGGGGCAGAGCUGCAAUGUUGAUGUCGUCGCGGAUGAAUGGUUACGAUCCCCGCCCUCUAAUUACGACUGAUUUGAAAUGGCCAAACGGACUUUAUUAUGACGUAGACGAAGACAAAAUUUAUGUUGCUGAUGGCGCAAAAUUGAAAUUACAAUCAAUUUCUGCUAUUUCUAGAUCUUACAAUAAUUUCGGUGUCGACAUACUUGACUUUAUUGAUCUCAAUGGAACCGUGGAGCAUUUAUUCGGACUAGGGAAAAUGGGAGCUCACUUGCUGUUUACGGAUUGGGAAACGGGAACGUUGUAUAAAAGAGGAUUGCUGGAAUCUUCGGUUCUCGUUACAAACCUUACUAGGCCGACACAGAUUUAUACUCAUUUUUCAGCAUAUAGACCGGAAAUUAAAAGUCAAUGCAGUACAGCCAUCCACGAUUGCAGUCAUAUAUGUGUACCAAGUGCUGGAAGUUACAGAUGCUUAUGUCCGGACCAUCUCGUAUUGGCAAACAACUUGAAAAACUGCGUAAGACCUGAAAAUUUGCAUCUUUACACAACGACGCUUGAACCACCCGUUACUAUUGAUGAAGACUUAACAACCAUGGCAUGGGGAGAUGAGUUUACAGAAGCAAUGGAAUUCGAGGAAGAAAGAACUUUGCGAUUGGAGAGAUUACCGGAAGUUACAACUGUUGCUAACACAACAGCGAUAAUGACAACAACAAUAUACAUGGAAACUGCGACAACACCAGAACCUACCACCGCUACACAGGCCACGACAACAACACUACCUCCUCUGCCGCGUUUCCCACUAUGUAUGGAGCUCCUGAGCAACGAAACUGCACUUUUCACUAUUUCUAUACCUGAAGAUGAAGGCUUCAUUGAAAUAAAUGCAAACCUUUUGAGUCUUCGUGCCUUGAAUAUUGCUGAUAAAGAUUUGAAUGUUACAUUAGUAGAUACACAAUACUCAAAAGUAUACCCAGGAGUUCAUAAUAUACAAUUCAAAGCUACGGACAGAUAUAACAGAAGUAUAUACUGUAACACUACGGUUACAGUCAAAGAUGUAACGCCGCCAAAAAUACUCUACUGCCCCAGCGACUUGGAUGUCGAAGCGUAUGACGAUGGAAAAACAACUUUUGUGACUUGGAUGGAACCAAAGUUUGAAGACAACACCAGAGUAACACCAAUCGUUGUAAACACCCACAAACCAGGACAAUUUAUGGACGGCAUUCAUACAGUCGAAUAUACGGCUUACGAUACUGCAGGGAAUUCAAUCGUCUGCUCUUUCAUGGUAGCUGUAAUGCACAGAAGUGCCCGCUGCGGUAGUCCAUGGGUACCUCCAAACAGUUACCUCACAUGCCAUUCUGAUAUGGUUACCGGUGAUCAAGUUUGCCAAAUAACAUGCCAAGAUGGAUACAGUUUAUCUCUGAAAACUCCGAUAAUAAAAUGUCGUCAUGAUCUGGAUAAAUAUUCGAUCGACUGGCUGCCAUUUUUGGAUGACAACGUUUGUAAAUUGCCUGCAAUUGGUAACCCUCAGCAAGUUAUUACACUUCAAUAUCCAUGUCCAUGUCGACCAACGUCUACAUUCUAUGAAUAUACUUAUCAAAUUAUGGCUCGGAGACUGAGAGACGCUGUUAGUUGUAUGACAAGACAAUAUUCUCUCGGUCUAUGUAUCAACGCUGAGAAAAAGAUGUUUUUGGAAUGCGUGAAUGCUUCUACAGUAGAACUUGUUAUAAAGGUCGACUUGGCAAAACUGGACGAGGUUUCCACUAUAUCAGAAGCAAGAAGAAUCGUAAAACGUUCCGUUACUGAGAUUUUAGACAAAGCCGUUGGAGGAGAAUUCCAAGCAAGGGGUUCAGACAUGAAGGAUUAUUCGGCUAGUGAAGAAGCAAAAUUGAGCGACAUCAAUGUUUUAUGUAAAAAAGGUUUUAAAGGAGUUAAAGACGGCUGUGUCCAAUGUCCGCGGGGAACUUACUGGCACGAGGGCGACUGUGAGUUUUGUUCUUUGCAUACAUUCCAAGAAAAAACAGGAACACCGCAGUGUAUUGAAUGCGCUGAUGGAACUGGAACAAGAAACAUUGGAUCUACUCAUAGAUCGCAUUGUGUGAAAAUGGUCAGACAAGAAGAGAUCGGCCAACCGAGCGUAAUUUUAAUCGUCUCUUUAGCUGUGGGUGGCGUUGUUUUAAUCGCAGUUAUUUUCUCUAUUCUUGCUGCUUGCUGGUUUAAACGAAAACGGAGAAAGCAGAUUGAAAAAGAAGCAGCAGAGGCUGCCAGAAAAAAGAGAAGGGCGCGUCGUCGGCGAAGUAGUGCUAGCAGCAACCAAGCCUCGAUUGGAGUCGUUCCUGUUCAGGGUGCACCACCCGAACAGGGACAAGAAAUUCGGACUAUAAGUCGAGAAUUAGAUAACGAAUUCGAAUCUGGUGAUAUGAGUAACAGUAGAACGACCUCCAGAAGAAGUGGAACUUCGUCUGGGAAACGAGUCACAAUUAAAGAAGAGACAAUAGAGCAUAGUAUACCACAUAGAGAAGAAACAAUUCCGCAUAAAGCUGACCCCAAACCGGUCGAACCGAGUUGGCGUAUGGCUCUUGUAAUGAGAAACACAGCAGGAAUGAAAAAGAACAUCAAUAAAAUGAAAAAACCUCCAAAAUCAGUAUCUUCGGUCACAACUGAUGACACAAGAAGUGAAACAAGCGCAAUUGAUUCAGCGACAGAAGGAACAACGGAAGCGGAAGAAGAAAGAUACCAAAUGUCGGCUACACAAAGUGAAGCGGAAACCGAUAAGACACUGACCGACGGACAAACAACAGACGGAGAGACUACAAUCAGAACAGACACCGAGACAUCUGUAGGUGCUUCAGAAUCCGAUGCAUCGACAAUACGAAAAAGCAGACGUUUGAUGUCAAGUACAAGUGAUUUAGGUGACGAAACAAUGAGUAUGACGUCAGGGAAUUCCUCACGUGCGACGACGCCUAUAAAAGGAGUUUUAAAAAAACCGAAACGGCUUGUUUCAAUGGACGACUCAGUCGCUUUUACGGCUGAUUCAACGUUCUCAAACACACUGGAAAAUGCACGAAUGUCAGGAGAUACUCGAGGGAGAAACAAUUUGCGUCGAAGUCAAAGGCAAAGCGGUCGGAGAAGCGUUUCUCCACAGCAAGCUGGAAACAAACAACCUCUCGGUAUGCGUCGCUCAGUUAGUGUCGAUAGGGGCCCAAUUGGUGUCGGUGCACACAAAAUGUUCGACCGUGACAGAGAUCCAAGAUUCCAUACGAUGGGACACCGACCUGGAGCUCCAAUGCCACCAAGACCUGGUGGGCCAAUGCCCGGACAGCAACCUAUAUUUCCGCCAGGAGUUCGACCAAGAUUUAUGGGAGGUCCUAGAUUGAUGACCAGACCUCCUCCAGGAGCAGUUAUAUAUCAGCAUCCCAACCAUCCAAACAUGAGAAUGGCGUUUGUGCCUAUGAAUCCAGGUGCAAGACCAAGAAUGCAGCCUGGUCGAAUGCCUAUGCCGCCACCCUAUGGUUACGAUAGCACAUCAGAAUGGGAUUCUAUGUCUCAAGGUGGUAGUGAUAUUGACAUGAGAAAACCUCCACGACACCGGAUGCCCCCACCGGGUAUGAUGCCCGGAUACCCAAGACCUGUUUACGGAAGGAUGAGAAUGCCGGUUGGAGGAAUGAUGCCACCCCCUCAGUAUGGGGCUGGAUACGCAGGGCCAAGACAGCCAAGAUACCCUCCUGGACCCGGGUAUUGAUACCCAAUGCUCACAGCGUUUUGUCACACUCACACCGCAUGAAAAAUAUACAACUCAGUGACUCAAAAUGAACGUCCAAAAAUAUAUUUCGAACAAAAUUUCCUUUUUUUAAAUAUCUAAAUUAGAAACUCGCUGAUAAACUCAUUUUCUGAAUAUAAAAUGAUUUGAUAAUGGACAUAUUUUUUAAGAAUAAUUUAUUAAACAAGUUAUAAUUUAUAAAUCAUUGUUCUUUAAUUAUCAUAUUGCAUCACUGAUGACCGGUUAACCUAUCUCGGAUAGUGAUUGCUCAUAAAUACAAGAAAAAUUAUAGUUUAUAUAUAUUAGCUUCAAAAUUUUGUGUUGCAAUCUCCUUUGCUUUAUAUUGUUCUAAAGCUUUUAUUGCCAAAAUAAAGCGGAAUGAAAUAUAUA